AUGCAAACUGGUUAUGGCUUGUGCUGGACCUGGGAUCUCUCUCAUUGGGAGCCAAUGCAAGCUGACGCUGUUCUGAGCAAGCCACAGAUUCUCCUCGCUGCUAGCGAAAGUAUAGCUGCCACAAAGUUUGCUCACCUCUGCCGUAGUUUUUCUGGAUGGUCAGAAGUUAGAGCAGUUGCCACAAAAGCAUCUUUUCAUUUCAUUGAUAGAGCAUCACUAUCCAGGGAUGUAAUACUUUACGCCGAUGAGGAUGAACGGUCCAGAUGGAACACAACAGGUGAUAGCUUGCUUUCCAUUGAGCUCCGCAGUUGGGCUGAUAUCAUGGUUAUUGCCCCAUUAUCAGCAAACACACUAGGCAAGAUUGCUAGGGGAUUGUGUGACAAUCUGCUAUCCUAUGUUGUAUAUGCAUGGGAUUUCAGCAAGCCUUUAUUUGUUGCACCGGCCAUGAACACCUUGAUGUGGAACAAUCCGUUCACGCAACGACAUAUCAGGACGAUCAAAGAUGAACUCAAAAUUUCACUCAUCCUUCCUCUCACUAAAAAUGGUGCAAUGGCUGAAACUGAUGAGAUUUACGGUGCUGUACGACGCGGUUUACAGUCACGAUUUCCGAGAGGCCAUGUUGCCAUGGACUGGCUCUAUUUGAGAAGGAUACAGUGUUGUUCAAAGAAGCGACGCAUCUCAAAAAGACGAGACGAUAAGGGGAAGCUCUUUGAUGGCUCUAUUUGA